AUGAGCGCUCCGUUGAUCAGAGUUAGCAGAAAACGCACUGCUGAUCCUCACGAAGCUCUGAUUCUCACUAAACGAGCGAAACCAGCGCUCGUCUUCACACUUUUCAAAGCGGCUGCUGAUGGAACCGAUGAAGAAAUUACCGGUGCUCGCGUCCUGGAUCUGCCUAAUCUUAUGGAAGAAGAUCCUAUUGUAUUGGAGCAAGAAAAUCCACUCGGAUUCGUACGAGAUGAAGCUGUCGGGUUGGUAGGAGAAGUCGAAAAGCCAGAGGCAAAACAAGAAAAAGCGCAAGUUCAGCUGAACGGGAGAUUACUCCAGCCGGUUGCAAACAAUGCUGCUGCUUCAGCCGCUCCUCCUGCUCAAGAUGAUGUUGUUUACGACUAUUAUGCAAUUCACGGAAGACGUGGAAAUCCGGCAGGAGUGGAAGGCGAGAAUUGGGAUGCCGACAUCGAAGGAGCCGAGUUUCAGUUUGCUAAUCGAGACGAGCUCAACCUUCCGGACGACGACGAGGAUUCAGAUGGGCCGCCUGCAGAUGACGAUGACGAUUCCAAUGAUGAGAACAACUGGCGGAACGACUAUCCGGAUGAGGAUUCCUAUGAUGAGGAUAGCGAUCAUGGAGAUUCCUACGGAAUGUUGGAGCCUGGCCGUUGGCACGCUGGAGAAAACUACGCCGACGAGAGUUUCAAUCGGCGUAUUCAAAACAUGAACCUGAACGAAGAACGCUACGAGGCCUAUUUUGAGGGGGAAGACACCGAUGAUGAUGGCGAUUACUAA